GACGCGGGGAGUGGGGCGGGUGAUUUGCCUAAGUGAAAGUGAAAAAAAAUUCGGAGCCCCCCGACUACAGUCCUACCCAUGCGUACAGCGACCGGCUGGGAGGCCGGGAAGCCGAGCGUACGGCCGCGGUCGCGGAAAGGGGCCAGUCACUUCCCGGAAGAGGCGGGGCCAUGGGCGAGAAGGCGCCGAAUUCGAAGUGCUCCCCAGGAGCUUUCCGGGGCAGGGUGCUAAGCGCCAAACGGUCGACUUUGCUUGGGGAAGGAAAGAGAAAGUCUUUCCUUUUCUUUUUCUUUUUUUUUGAGAAGAGAAAUUUUAGAAACUUGGAGACAGCAGUAGUUAGGAUUCAGGCCAAACUGGUAAAUCACGGAAGGGCGUCUUUCAAAACCAAGGAGGAAGGGUUGCCCCGCAGAUAAUCACCAGGAUGGGAGUGAAUGACUUGUGGCAGAUUCUGGAGCCUGUUAAACAACACGUCCACUUGCACAGUCUUGGUGGGAAAACCAUUGCGGUUGAUCUGAGUCUCUGGGUAUGUGAAGCACAGACAGUCAAAAAAAUGAUUGGGACAGUCAUGAAGCCCCACCUCAGGAACCUAUUUUUUCGUAUCUCAUAUUUAACGCUAAUGGACGUAAAACUGGUGUUCGUUAUGGAAGGGGAACCGCCAAAGCUGAAAGCUGAUGUCAUAAGUAAGAGGAAUCAGAUUCGGUAUGGAGGUUCAGGAAAAACAUGGUCUCAGAAAACAGGGAGAUCACAUUUUAAAUCAGUCUUAAAGGAGUGUCUUGAUAUGCUGGAAUGCUUAGGAAUUCCCUGGGUCCAGGCUGCUGGGGAAGCUGAAGCCAUGUGUGCUUACCUCGAUGCCAGUGGUUAUGUAGAUGGCUGCCUCACCAAUGAUGGAGAUGCUUUCCUUUAUGGGGCCCAAACUGUUUAUAGAAAUUUCACUUUGAAUACCAAGGACCCACAUGUUGACUGUUAUACAAUGUCAUCCAUCAAGAGUAAACUAGGUUUGGAUAGAAAUGCUCUGGUUGGGCUAGCAAUACUACUUGGCUGUGAUUAUCUUCCAAAGGGAGUCCCUGGAGUUGGAAAAGAGCAAGCAUUAAAACUUAUAAAGAUUUUGAAAGGGCAAAGUUUACUUCAGAGGUUUAAUCAGUGGAAUGAAAAAUUUUGUUACUCUAAUUCACAACCAUCAGUCGUUAGCAAACUGGCUCAUUGCUCUGUAUGUUCCCAUCCAGGUUCACCUAAGGAUCAUGAACGUAAUGGAUGCAAAUUAUGUAAAACUGAUCGAUAUUGUGAGCCACAUGAUUAUGAAUACUGUUGUCCUUGUGAGUGGCACCGAACAGAACAUGAGAGACAGCUAAAUGCAGUAGAAAACAGUAUUAAGAAAAAAGCUUGCAGUUGUGAGGGAUUCCCAUUCCACGAGGUUAUUCAAGAAUUCCUUUUGAACAAGGAUAAAUUGGUGACGGCAAUCAGGUACCAAAGACCUGAUUUAUUAUUGUUUCAGAGAUUUACUCUUGAAAAAAUGGAGUGGCCCAGUCACUAUGCAUGUGAGAAAUUGUUGAUACUGUUGACGCACUAUGACAUGAUAGAAAGAAAGCUCGGUAGAAGGAACUCUAAUCAACUACAGCCACUUCGAAUUGUUAAAAACCGAAUCAGAAAUGGAGUUCAUUGCUUUGAAAUAGAAUGGGAAAAGCCUGAACAUUACUCUAUAGAAGAUAAACCUGGAGAAUUGGUUUUACAAACAAUAGAAGAAGAAUCAUUGUUUGAAGCAGCUUAUCCUGAGAUUGUUGCUGUUUACCAAAAACAAAAGUCAGAAAUUAAAGGCAAGAAACAAAAAAGCAUGAAAACUAAGUCUAAAGAAAACAAUUUGCCAGAAUCAGAUGAUAUGAUGACUUUUCAAUCACACAUGACUUUAAAACCCACAUGCGAAAUCUUUUCUAAGCAGAAUUCCAAGUUAAAUUUGGAAAUUUCCCCCGAUUCUACAUUACCCCAGGAAUCUAUUUCUGUGUCAUUGAAUACCUUGCUUUUACCUGAAGAUGCUCCCUGUUUGAAUACACAAGAACAGUUAAUAUCUUCUCCAAGACCUUUGGCUGUGCAGCAAAUUAAAGCUGUCAGUAAGUCUCUGAUUGCAGAGUCUAGUCAACCCAGUACCUCAUCCCAUAAUAUAUCUGCAAUUGCUGAUCUGCACUUGAGCACCAUUGACUGGGAAGGUACUUCUUUUAGUAAUUCUCCAGCUAUCCCAAGGAACACUUUUGCUCAUGGUGUAAAAUCGGAACUUGAAACAGCUAUCCCUGAUAGCUUUAAAAAUAUUACAGGGCAAUUGUCAUGUGAAUCAGAAUGGUGCACUACAAACAUUAAUAAACUGUUCGAUUGGGAUCUUCAAAAGACUGAUCCUGAAGAGCACCUACUUUCUGGCAUUACUGAUUUACAUCUUCAGGAUUUACCUUUAAAGGAACGAAUACGUAUAAAAUCAUCAUAUCCUCAGAAUAAUAUACAACCAGAUGAUGAUCUGAAAACAUUGUCCCUACUUACUGUACAAGAACACUGUAUUGCUAAUAGUAGUUCUGAAUGUCUAUCACAUCUUUCAAAGGAUCUUCUAGGAAUUCAUUUGCAAAAUGAAUCUAGAAACUGUAAAGUCCUAAAAGGAAACCAGCUGUUUCAAGAAAACUAUAAAGCAAAUACUUCUAUACCUUAUUCUGUCAAUAACCCAAUAGUAAAGACCUCCAAUGUUAGAAUUGGACCACCAAAUACUGCUUUAGAUUAUAGUAGAAAAGUUGAUGUGCAAACCACUCAGAAAACUGUAAUGAAGAAGAGUGUUUGCCUUGACACACAUUCCUCUGGUGAAGAAAUCAUCCCAGAGUCUGGGAAAGCUAAGUCCACAACUCAAAAAAUGAAACAGACUUCUCAGAAACAUAGCCCAGCCCAGUUCAAAAAAAAUGAUGCCAACAAAUUAAGUAACCCUAAAGCACAUAUUAAAGAAACUGAACAGUGUGUCCAGCCUUAUAAAACAGCUGGAAAUGAAGAAACCUGUUUCCAAGAUGCAGCAAAAAGGUCUCUGAGUUUUCUACAGUGUCGUGAGGAAAAAGACGUCUCUGGUACCUGUUUGGAUAGUCCUCUUCCUUUAAGUCAGAGAUUAAAACUAAGGUUCCAAAACACCUGAAAUUAAAUUUAAAAUAUUCAAGUAUAACUUAUAAUUCUAGUACUGUUGGCAUUAGCAGAAGCAGAAGGAAGGUAUCUAGUUAAUGUAUAUUAGAAAAAUUUAACGUGAUUCUAUAUGUUGUGAGACACUUGCCAUUUUAAUCAAAACUGUAAUAAAAAAUGUUACCUAAAACUUUGGUUUUAAAAGACGAUCCUCUGUAGUGAAAACUUCAGAUAAUGUAUAUUUUUAUAACAUACUUUUUUCAUUAAAAAAAAAUCUUUAUUGAUUAUUCUUUAGUUAUAUCCUUAAAAUGUUAGUACACUACUAGACAGAGUAAAUGCUCCAUUCAUUUGCUCAUUUUUAUUCAUUUCUUCCGCAAGCCCCUAAAGCAUUUUUUGAUAUUCCAGCUUGUUCCCAAGGGAAAACUCUUUAUAAUUGCCUGCAUUCUCACAACAUCUUCUGUUGUGCCUUUCUGAGAGUUAGAUUAGCUUUCAAUGUGAAGAUACUUUCAGCUGCUCUCCCAGUUUCAGUAAUCUUAUUCUCUCUUGUGAGGGACAAAAAAGAAAUGGAAAAGGAGGAUGAUGAUCAAUAUAUAUAAUGAAAAUCAUGGUUGUGGCAGCUGAAUAAACUGAGGAAAUCUACUUCUUACAUAUCCCCAGAAGUCCACAGGUAUGCCAAGUGGAAAAAGAUUUGGAAAAUAGAAUGUAUAACCAGAAGAGGAUUAGGAACUUGCUCAGGAUCAUACAGCUAAUUAAUAGUGGUAUGGGAACCAGAUUUCUUGCCUCUCAAUUCAUUGGUUUUUCUGUUAAAAUUUUUCUUCGAUAGCACUUUUUUCUUCCCCUUUUGUUUUAACAAUGCAUCUAUACGAUAUUAACUACAGUACCUCCAAAUAUUAAGCUAUUCAUUUAUUUAUUUAGCACUCAAGAAGUCUAAAGGGAACCAGAUUGGAAAGAUAAAAGUAAAACUGUUGCUACUUACAGAUGACAAGAUCUUGUGUUUAUGAAAUUCUGAGGAAUUCACUAAAAAACUAUUAGAACUGAUAAAUGAGUUCAGCAAGGUUGCAGGAUACAAGAUCAAUAUAUAAACAUCAGUUGUAUUUCUAU